UGGAAGGAAACCCUGGAGGAGGGAAACGACCUCGCUCGGCUGGCCUGGGAAGUAAACACUUGCCUAAAAAUGAUGGACAUAGAGCACGAGGCUUUCUGCAAGCUCCGCCGCUCCAUGCACUCCACCUCGCCAGCUGACAUCGAUCCUAAAGUCCACAGCAUCGUGGAGAGAGCUGUGAGGAGCAUUCUGGGCGUGCAGUCCAAUGAGCCCCGUAGCAACCUGCUCAGCCCAUCUCAGGUGGUCGUGGAGGUGGUGCCCAGGCUCCUCCUGGCCCUGUGGCUUCAGCCAGAGGAAGGCCAUUCAGAGCACCCAAUCCUAAUAAGCGGGAUGGCCGUGGGCAUGGUGGCGGCCGUAGUGGAGAAGCUCUCCUGCAUGUUAAAGGACCCUUCACAUCACAUCCCUUUCUCUCGGGCUGCUGCUUUUGACUCUGUGCGGUCGAUCCUCGGGAGAAUCAGUCAGUCCUUCUCCACCGAUGACCUCCAGAGCCCUUUUUAUAUGAGCUCUGUCUGUGCCUUUGUGGCGAACGAGGUUCAGAGCCGCUUCCAGCCCCCUGCAGCCACCCUACCAGUCCCCCCUGUCCUCCCGGUGGCCGUCUCCACCACACGACAAGCUGACAUCCAAGCAGACCCAGCAUCUUCCCACCUGGAAGUUGUGGACAUCACCCCCAAAACAGAGGCAGACCCGGCUUGUUCCCACCUGGAGGUUGUGGACAUCACCCCAAAAACAGAGGCAGACCCGGCUUGUUCCCACCUGGAGGUUGUGAACAUCACCCCUAACACAGAGGCAGACCCGGCUUGUUCCCACCUGGAGGUUGUGAACAUCACCCCUAACACAGAGGCAGACCCGGGUUGUUCCCAACUAGAUAUUGUGGACAUCACCCCAAAAACAGAGGCAGACCCGGGUUGUUCCCACCUGGAGGUUGUGGAUAUCACCCCUAAAACAGAGGCAGACCCGGCAUCUUCCCACCUGGAGGUUCAAGACAUUACCCCAAAAACAGAGGCAGGCCCGGGUUCUUCCCACCUGAAUAAUGUGGACAUAACCAUUAAUACAGAGGCAGAUCCGGCUUCUUCCCACCUGAAUGUUGUGGACGUAACCCCUAACACAGAGGCAGAGCCGGCUUCUUUCCACCUGAAUAAUGUGGACAUCACCCCUAAUACAGAGGCAGAGCCCAUCUCUUCCCUCUUGGAGGUUGUGGACGUCACACCUGAAGAAAGGACUCUCACGAUGGCCGUCUUCACCACUCUGCCAGCUGACAUCCAAGCAGAGGAUGUUGCUGUGGUCAUCCCGGAUGUCACCCCACACGUCACCAAGGACGUGACACUGGAUGUUCCAUGUAGAGCUAGGAAAGGGGCAGUCCGGCGAUUAUUUUGCAGGCUUUGGAAGGCAGUGUGCUGCUGCGCCUGCUACAAGGAAGAGGAGGAACAAUAUUAAUUAUUCAUCAGACAUUCAGAAAUGGGAU